UUUGCUGUGGUAUUUUGGCUAUCACCACCAGUCAGUUCUGCGUGACUGGCUUGUAUUUAACGACAAAGUUAUCUAAACUGCUAUAAUUUGCAAGCGAUUUGUUUUUGCACCCUGACCUACAUAACCGCCCAGUCAAGUUUAGCAACCAGUUCCAGCUUCCCAGCCACGACACUCGUCGGCGUUACUACAAUAUCAUUGCAUGAAUGAAACAUGAUCGGAAAUUACAAGGAGUGAGGCUGGCAAAGUGAAUGCAUCGUUGCUGUUAGGUGAGUAGCCACAGGCGAUGGUGACCAGGCUGAUGACACUGAUAGUUGUGUCUUUGUGUGGGAGAGGAAGAGGAAGAUGACAGUGUUCAGCUAAAGGAAUGAGAUGUAUUGCCUGUCGAGCAGAGGGAACUUCAUUUGAGAAGCGGACGAAAUGCCUCGACGGAAACAAUCCAACCCUCAGCCCGUGAAAUUGGAGUAUGAGGAUGGGCUGGCUGUGGGCCCCCCAGACGGCCUGGUGCUGGAGAGCAACCUCAUGCUGGGCCAAGACCUGGAGUUUGGAGAGGCCGACUUCAAGAUCAUCGGCUUCGACAGAGACUCCGACUGUGCGUCGGGGGACAUGGGCAUGGCCGUGUACUCCCUGAGUGACGAGGACUGUGGCGCUGGCAGUAAGCGGCACAGCCUGGGUAGCGACAUGGAGGAGGAGCCUCUGGACAUGGCCAAGGGCGGCGCGCUCCCUCUCUACCUGGGCUGUGGCUGCUGCGGAGGGGCUCUGGAGGAUCCCGAGCAUCCCCUCUGCCUCCGCUGUGGAGCCCUCGGCAACCCGCGCCGACGACGCAAGUCCACCACCAGCAGCAGCAGCCUAGCAGCUACAGGGAAGACCACCCACAACGGCAGUAACGGCCGUGCACGUGCACAGAGGCGACGCAACAAGCCAACAAAGACCUCCGCCACCAUCACCGACGACACGGGUCCUCCGACCUCCGACCACGGGUCCUCCUCCCCGAAGAGCUUCUCCUGCCAGCUGUGCAGCUUCACGUCGCGCUACUCCAACCACCUGAAGCGCCAUAUGAAGACCCAUAACGGGGAGAAACCCUACACGUGCCCCCACUGCCCCUACGCCUCGGCCCAGCUGGUCAACCUGCAGCGCCACAUGCGCACCCACACCGGAGAGAAGCCGUACAAGUGCUCGCAGUGCGCCUUCGCCUGCAGCUCGCUGGGCAACCUGCGCAGGCACCAGCGCAUGCAUGCCGAGGAGCGCCAGCACACCUGCCACCUGUGCAGCUACCGUGCCGGCAGCGGCCUCAGCCUCAAGAGGCACAUGGCCACACACAAGGCCAACGGGAGCGGCAGCAAUGGGGACGAGAUCGCAGAGGAAGGCAUGGUGUCUGACUUCAUGCUGUGUCUCACCAGCCGUGAUGCCGACUUCCUGCGCUCCUACGAGGAGGGCCUGCAGUCCGACCGCCCCCCCUCCAGCCUGCUGGAGCCCGGAGCCAGCCCAGAGGGCAGCAACUCCUCCUCCUCCUCCCCGGGAGCAGCGGCAUCCUGCAUCCUGCUCCCCUGCGACCUGGACCCGGAGGUGCUCUCCCCCCCACCACCUGCCUCCAACGGCCACACUACCCCCACCCCCACCCCCACCCCCACCCCAACACCCACACCCACCACGCUGGCCUCAGCCAAGCACCCUCCCCUGGAGAUCUCCCCCCAGAGCCCCGCCGAGCCCACCACGGCCCCCGACAGCCCGUCCAAGGCCUCCCCUCCCGGGGAGAAGCUGCUAUACACGUGCCCCAUGUGCCCCUUCACCAGCCAGUACCCCAACCACCUGGCGCGCCACAGCAAGACGCACAGCGGCGAGAAGCCCUACACGUGCCCGCACUGCCCCUACGCCUCGGCGCACCUGGACAACCUGAAGCGGCACCUGCGUGUGCACACGGGCGAGAAGCCCUACGCCUGCGCACGCUGCGACUACGCCUGCGGCAACCUGGCCAACCUGCGGCGGCACGAGCGCAUCCACACGGGCGCCAAGCCCUUCACCUGCCCGCUCUGCCCCUACAGCUGCAACCAGAGCAUGAACCUCAAGCGCCACAUGCUGCGCCACAGCGGACACAAGCCGCACCACUGCACCUACCCGCUCUGCAACUACACCACGGGCCACUGGGACAACUACAAGAGGCACCAGAAGAAGCACGCCGGCGGCGGGGGUGCGGAUGGGGACGGGGACGGGGAGGGGGAUGGAGGUGCUGGGGAAGGGCUGCUGCAGCAGGACUGGGAGGAGAAACAGGAGAUGGAGAUGGAGAUGGAGAUGGAACAGGGCAGGGAGGGAGAGAUGUAGAGGAAGGGAAGGAUACACACACACACACACACACACACACACACACACACACACACACACACACACACACACACACACACACACACACACACACACACACAAUCCAGACAUCCUACCUACAGAGAUUUGCUUGCACUUACCUACAGACGCGUCUGCGCAUACUGCCACAUAUACAAAGCAAACA